CACAUCUCAGCACGAGUGUGUGUGUGUGUUUUACUGCUGCUAGUGAGAGGAGUAGCAUCACACGGAGCGUCUGGUUCUUGUUUCUCUACAAGGAUGCGGUAAAACUGCAGACUGUCUUUUUAUCGGUAAAGCGGUAUGAACCAUGAAUCCAAUGAAUCACCAUCAUUAGGAAUGAUCUCCACAGCAACUUGCACCACAGCCACCGUCAGCCCCCUCAGUCCACUAACCGAUGGGAGUGCACUUGCCCAAUCUGCAAACUCUGGAUUUGCUGCUGCCCUGCGUAAACUGGCCAAACAGGCUGAGGAGCCCAGAGGUUCUGCAGUCAGUGGGGAGUCAUCUCCAGUCCUUCCACCAGUCACCAGCCACAGCUCACCAGUAACCAGCUCACCAGUAACCGCACACAAGCACAGCUCUGUAGGACCUCUCCGGGGACAUAACAGGGGUAACUGUGUUCCCAGCACUCCCCCAGUAGUCACCAUUGCCCCCACUAAGGCCACCAGGACCGACAGACGACAGGUUGAACCCAGUGUGCAGGCACUCCACCGGAAGCGAGUCGGUGUGGAGUACUCCCAUCCACAACAGGAAACAAGGAAUCUAGUUACUUAUUCACCUCAACCGCUGACUCAAACAUUUCACCUCGCCUCUAGUUCCAUCAUGCAAGACCCGAGAACACAGAGCCUCAGCAGUUUGCCAGGGCAGAUGCACCCCAUGGUUUCCUCGGGGGCUGUCCCAGAGGAAUACCUGAGAACGCUGCGGCCGUUCGCCACAUCAGAUGACCUUCGAUUGACCUCUUUACCACUGAGUCUUGACCCUGCUGCUGCCACUGCUUAUGCCGCUGCUGCUUCAGCUUACUACCAUCCAGCCUACCUGCACCACCCUAUGUCCUUACCAAGGAUUGAGGAGUCCCUAUGUCUUUCUGCGCUACGGUCACAGUUCUACUCUGGACCUGCAGGGGGCGCCUUCCCUCCUCUUCACCCCUCUGCUCUUCACCUGCAUCUCCCUGGAAGCCACUACAUAGGGGAACUGAAGCACACAGCACUGGCUGAGAGGCUACAGAUGCAGAAUGAGCUCUGCCAGCGGGAGAGAGAGCAGGAGCGUGAACGAGAGUUAAAAAGAAAGCGUGAGGCUGGUCUAGAACAAGAGAGAGAGAGGGCCUGGGAGAGGGAGAGAGAACAGGACAGGGAACUGGACAGACAGAAGGAGCGGCAGAGGGAGAGACAGCAGCAGAUGGUCAGAGCGGUGGAGAGCCACUACCUGGCCGAGCUGCAGACUCGAAGAGCACCACCAGAGGACAGGACAAAGCCAGGGGACAGACUGACUGCGAACAGACUGGAUAAACCUAAGAAUUCAGACCGCCCACCGUUCCCGGCCCCUAAGCAUCAGCCGCUGCAGGCAGGCCAUCACUCCUCCAGGACUUCGGUGGCACACGUCGUGCCCAGUCUUGUGCCUUCACUCCUGGAGAAGCACAGUGCCUCUGCUGCUGCUGUCCCUGAUGGAGUGAUCCAUGUGGCUGCCUCCAUGGCGUCUCAAAGAGUGAAAAGUGAAGAGACCUGGUUACCACAGCAACAAGGGCGAGGGCAGGAGAGGGAGGGUCAACUGGCGGUGAGCUUCAAACCAGCGGGGAAUGGGAUGGAUGCAAAGAGAGACGUCCACAGAGCCACCCCAGUUCAUCACAGCCAAGGAAACAAAGAUGUACCCUCCACCCUCGGUGCACCACCUCCUCUUAUCUCCCCCAGAGGUCAUUACCAUCUUCCUCCCUCUACUACUCUGUGGAACCCAGCUUCGCUCGUUGAUACGCCUACAAACUCAUGCAGGAAACUUCACCCUCCUAACCCACCAUCCAGGCCCCCUCCAGGACUGACAAGAGCUGAGAAUCCCUCCUUCAGCUGCUGGGAGAAGCUGGACAACAGGGGCAGAAAGAGAGGAGAUGGACUCCCUUCAUUGAGGGGAUCAGGACCACUGGAAUCCUGGACUAGAUCUGAGGAGGAUGGUGCCGUCAAGAGCCUCAACCACCAACAUCACUUGAAUAACCUCCAUCGCAGAUCGCUGUCUGCUAAAAAUGACUUAAGAGGAGGACAGCGCCAGGAAGCCUCGUCACCUUCUGUGACGAAGCAGCGGAGUCGUGCUUCGAGUAGCAUGAUGGUGUAUGAUGAGGUUUCCCAGCAGUACCGUCGGCUGCUCAGCAAACUGGACUUGGAGGAGAGGAGGAAGAGGGAAGCCAGAGAGGGAGGUUAUUUCUAUGACUUAAACGAGUCAUACGAUGAAAGUGAUGAGGAAGAAGUGAAAGCUCACUUGAAGAGAGUGACAGAACAGCCCCCACUCAAACUGGACGCAUCGUCUGAGAAAGUGGACUUUUUGCGAGCGUGUGGUCUGACCACACUGGACCACUGCAAUGAACUGUUAGCACAGAAGAGAAGGAAGAGAAGGAGGAUGAUAAGAGAGCGAAGCCCCUCCCCUCCAGCGGUGCGCAGUCAGAGCAAGACCGCUCUACCGUCAACACGAAGCCCUACCUUAAGUACCCCAUAUUCAGCUGAGCAGAUGGACAGCACCCCAAAACUGGAGGAGAAAAAGGACUUCCUGCUUCAGUUUAACCUUUCCCAUGUGAGCCCACAGCAGCGCAGAGACAAACAAAAGGUCGAAGAACUUCUGAGGGCCAUUAAAAAAAAGACAGUGACUUUGGACACUCUCAGAUACAACCCUUCAUCUUCAUGUACCAUUUCUCCCGUUCCCUCAACUGGAGGCUCCUCCUCUUGUCGAACAAACAGACAUAUGUACCCAGAGUCUCCCAGCCCUUCUCCUCCAUACAUGAAAAAAACUGAACAGGUGACCAGAGUUCCACCACCACUAGUCUCCAAUAAUAAGGCUGAAAUUAUGGAGGUGCUGCCAAAUAGGAAGCACCAAAACAGGACUAAGAAUGAGGAGCUCAAACUGUUGCAGACUGGAAGUAAUCAGCCCUGGGAGAGGUGCACACCUGAAGUCUUUGCUCAGCACUUUCACCAGGCUGUGUUGAAGUCCACACAAAAGAAACAGACCAAGAAUGGAAUCUUUAAUCGUGUUCCUGACACUGGCUUGGAGGAGGAGCUUAAAAACAUCUCUCACCUGAAGAAAUUCAAUCAUAACCAGGACCUUCAGCGUACACAUGUCAAUGGCUAUGGCUUGCAUUCGUCCGUAGCCAACAGUGACUCUGCAGCAUUGAGCAAAAACAAUAAUGGAGACAUGGAGGAAUCUGGACAGGAUAUGGAAGAAGAAGAGGAUGAUGAGGAAGAUGAGACACAGGAGGAAGAAGAUCAGAGAAGGUGGAAGGGUAUUGAGGCUAUUUUCGAGGCCUAUCACGAGCAUGUAAAUGAGUGGAAUAUAGAGAGGCAGGUACUUCACAGUCAGUGCAAACAGCUGGAAGCACAAAACUAUGAUCUGACCAGAACUGCCGAGCAGCUUUCCCUGACCAUGGGUGACCUGGUCAGUCAGAGGCAGAAAGUGAGAGAGGAGUGGGAGAGGCUGCAGGACCAGCUGGGGCACUUCAGGAGGUGUUUGACACUGCCCAACAUUCACUGGGGCAGAGGACAAGUCAGUUGACACACCCUGAAGGCGACCUCUGUAGCAGACCCUCAGGAGGAUACGGCGAAGGUGGCAUAGGGAGAAGAUCCAGAGAAGUGCAUGUGCUUUUAGGAGUUGCCAGCCAAUCAUUUGUCCUAUCUGACCGGUUACAUAUGGAAUUGAUCAGCUGCCUGGUUUGCCAUGAUACCAACAAUCCAUCGAGCCUCUAUAGCAGGCAUGGGCAGGUGUUUUGACUUGUGGGCCACAAUUGUCCUAAAAUUGAACAGGGUGGCUGGGUCAGGAGCAGAUAGAUGGAGCGUUUGUGUGAACUAAGAUAGAUGACAUGUCAUACAAAUUCAUGCAUAAAGGCUAAAAUGCUAAAAUGCUUUUAUCGUUAUUGCAGGGAAAAGGCAGAAGUAUGAAGAUGAUGAAAUCAUAUAAUUUGGAAAGGUUUGGCGGGCCGGGUUAAAAAGCUGAAUGGGCCUCAUCUGGCCCCACCAUGCCUGCUCUAUAGUGUGAUACCCUCUUAGUUAGCUUCGAGGACUUCUCUAACCAUUUAUAUAUGUGUCACAUCAAUUUAUAUACAAUCUGAUUUAAUUACGUGGCACAGACUUCGAGCUUCUAUGGACAGCGGGUAUGCAGUGUUCACUUACUGAGUCAAAGCUUAGAGAAGGUACAAUGAGUCAAGACAUCGUGGAACACCUCAGGCCUUAUACUUGAUAGAAUGUACUUGAAUUUGACAUUUAAGGGAAUACUUGACCUUCUUUUUGUGAUGCAAUGUAGUACUGUUUACUGAGUACCGUGCCGUACUGUGUGGCCAUUUUGUAGAACUGAACUUUAAAUUACCUACAGGAAUUGCCCUUGGCACAUGACAGCAGUGAUUCAUUUUUAUGGAGUGGGUUAUGUGUUGAUGUCUGAAAGUCAUUUUUUCUGAGCUUUAAGGUGAAAAUGUAGGUAGGAAUCAGGAAACUUGCAGGUUCAAUGGAGGUUAAAUGGGUGGCAUAGGAAACUUUGAUAGACAUUUGUGUUGAUGCAGGUUGCCUUAGGGCAAUAUGGAGACAAUCUCUGGAGUUCACUGCAUGUCUGAUAGCAACUUGAAAGAUAAAGCCUUUAUGAUGGAGGUUAUUUAAUUUUUAUAUUGCUAUUUUUUUUUCUUGUGAUGAACACAAUUGUUUGUAUGUUUAUUCAUUUCUUGUGGGAAGCCAUAUGUUUGACUACUGCUGGUCAGAAUAACAAUGUUGUUGUUAGAGGCCCCUCUCCAAUGACAGAAGGACUGUACUCCCUGUAGUGUUGGAAUAUCCUUUUUUUUUUGUGUGGAUAAAACCUCAUCACAUGGCUUUUUGUUACGAAAAAGCAAAAAACCAACACCAGAAAUAUCCGUCUUCUUUGACAGGCGAAAUACAAGGAUUUUUCUGUAGUCUGAAGUGGAGGGUUUUAGAUGAUGAGGUAAUUGGUUUUUAGACCAAUUGCCUACUUUAAAACCUCUAUGGAUUAAAGGACCUGAUUAACUGAGAACCUUCACAGACCUGCUCCUCCACCAAUGAGAUUCAUGCUAAUGCUGUUUUAUUUUGGAGCUGCUCUCACCUGUCAACUGUCACCUCUCCCCACAGCGCCUGUUAAGUUUUCUGUCUCCCACUUUCCAUUCACGUCUGUCCUCUACACAGCUGCUGUUUCCUUUUUCAGAAGACAUUGUAGUAGUUGCUGUACUUUCUCUGCCACAGCCUGAAUUGUUAACUGUCAACUCAGGUAGCUUCCUCCUGACCCUUGUGCAUGACCUACUCAGUCAGCGUUAGGUCUACAAACAACUCUAAUGUUGUCCAUAAUUGUUUCACUCUGUCAUGUAUUAUUUGUGGUGUAUAAUUAGUGAGUUAUUUAUUAACAUAAAUAUUGCUGUACAUUCUAUUGGAGAUUCACAUUAAAGUAUUGUUUUUGUAUGCAUCUUUUUUUUUUUUUUGCAUGGGGGUUUCAAUCUAGCGGUGUUACUAGCCGGUGCAGACCUUUCAAGAAGGUAGCAGAUAUAGGUAAGACAUGUGACCAAGGCAAUCAUCUUGGCUUCUAUCAAGUGUGAGUCAUAGACAGAUUUGGUGAAGAGAAUCUGGUAAUUUUUCAAAAUAAAACAUUGUUCAGAAUCAGAUCAUAAAUAAAACGGAAAUGUAAGUUAUGCAUUCUUUCUGUGCGGACCGAUACUAAUUGACCUACGGACCGGUGCUGGUCAGCGGCCCAGGGGUUGGGGACCACUGACUUAAAUAGACUUUAAGUUCAUACAAACCUAUUCACGUUUGUCCUACUGACCAGUAAUUUUAUACUGUAUGUUCAUGUGUGACUUACAUGUUUGAAGACUUCAUUAAAUUAUUUACAGUAGUGAAGGGACAGGAAAUUUGACUUGUCGCCAAAAACUGUCACAUCAGUAUAAAAGAGGACAAGGGUCUCUUCAGUCUGAUAAGAUGAGGUGAGACUUUGCCAUCUAAAUAAAAAGAAAUCGUGUCCUUCCAUAUGAAGCCAUCGGCCAUCUUUACAAAGAAGGUGACU